AUGAAGAAGGUGGAUAUCUCCUUAAGUGAGGAAACAGGCACCUUCCGUUUGCCAAUUAACAGCCUCCCUGACUCUCCAGAUUCUUCUUCGACCAAUUGUCGGUUACAGCCGUACCAACGGUCUUCUCAUCCGAAAGCACUCCCGUCCUUCAAGUCUUCCAAAUCGGUUUCCUCACUCACCUCUACUUCUAGUGGUGAGCUGAACAAAUCUCCUUCAAUGACCAAUGAGAAGUUUGCUCAAAUGCUUCCAUAUGAACUCAAGCCGAGCGACUCCGCAAACCACUCGUUGGAAUGUCAAUGUUUGCUCGAGCCUCAUUCAAAUAAAAGCAGUCCUCGAUCUGCCAAUGCAGCCAACUCUUCCCUAAAUACCAGCACCAUUCAACGUUGCCGGCGUCGAAGACGUCCGCAUCAUCGUAAGAUGCUGCAUUGUGGUUCGGCUCAUUCGGGAGAGACAGGUCAUCGAAUCGAACGCGCUGAGCAACGCCGUGAACGCUCCCGAUUAGCUGCGCAAAUUCGACGGAAUCGAGAAAGUCAGAAUUUGAUGCUUCUACAAAACGCAUUGCCUAUCUCGACUGAGGUUCUGGGACUGCAUGGCAUCGUAACUGAAGCUGGGGGACUGUUAAAUCUUUUCACCAAAGAGGAAGACCCGGCACUGGUCGAAGAUCUGUUUUCGCUUCUGAAUCCAUCCGAUCCGGAAUUCGAAUCAAACAGCCCUGUUUCAAAUCGGCACUCAAAUGGAUUGACCACUUCCGGAUCGGCACUGACCUCCAAAUCGACAUCUGCUAUCAAUUUGGAAAAGGCCGACAUCAUCCGGAUUACUGGUCAUACUCUCUUCCUGCUAAACCACAUGUACCGAUAUCUUGGCACAACAGCAACCCCAACAUUGAGUCUGCACAGUCAAUCUCUUUACGGACUCCUGAUUGAUCCGACUGAUAUGCGCAUCGUGUAUGCCACCCCAGCCUUGGCCGAACGAAUUGGUUGGACUUGGAUCAAUCUAAUCGGGAAUUCUCUGAAUAAUGUAAUUCAUCCCAACUGGAAUCGAUUCUCUUCAUCCGUUUCUCCCUGUCCUCCCGAUACAGACAAUCGGAACGUCAAAAUAGGCGCUAUAGAUGAUACUGAUGAAAGUGGAUGUUCCUCUGACACGGAAGCGGCCCAACAAACGGACGAUGCGCAUGCAUCGCUGUCAUUGGGAGGAGUGCGACAGCAGCAGCAACAACAAAGAUCACAACCAACAUUGAGUGAACUACAACUAUGCUUGCUUCAGCCGAUUCCACAACAUUGCAGACCCUAUCUUCGAUCGCUCCCCACAGAAGCACGUGUCGGUCCACCUACCAUCUCCCAAGCAGAUCAUUUACAAGAGUCACGUGGGUCACGGAGACGCCGGUCCAGGAGGAGACGGUCUGUGGGUCGAGCAAAACAGUCCCCAGGUUCUGCAGUGUUUCUCAAAAACAGUAACAGUGGUACUGAAAAUAUUGCAGAUGAUUCCUAUGAUGGAUUGGACCCCAACGCUUGUGAUCUAAUCGCUCAGCUGUCUCAAUUUGAUUUAUCUUCUAUUACGGCGGUGAAUGACGAGUCUCCCCCUUGUCCUUGUGCUUCUUGCACAAUGAAUCCAGGAGUUCGGCACGACAUUCCUUUUCGAAUGCAGCUGGAUCUCACCGGAAAAAUACUCUCGGUGGAAGGCAGCUUGGAUCAUCCUAGAGACCUUCCUUCUGGUUCGAGUCUAUGUGGACGCCCGUUUCUGGCCCUUGUGCAUUUGGAUGAUUUAGAGCGUGUGUUGCAAUCUAUGCAAAACGUGCUACGAUACCGGUCUAUGGGUUGGACUGCCAUCUACCGAAUUUCCGUGCAAUGGCCGGAUUCAAUCCCGUGCUCAACUCGACGUACUUACCGUUGGGUUCGUACUCUUUUCGAGCCGAUCAGUGAUAAUAACGCAGCUCUACACUGUUGGCAUCAGUCUAUCGGAUUGUCUCCUGAGUCUGUUCACUGGAGCGACAUGCCUUCAAAACCAUAUUCUGAACCACUGUUUUUGUACGAAGAAGGUAACUGGCACACAAAACGAACGGCUGAAUCAAUCGGUCCGCUAUUAUCGGACAAAACAGCUGCAACCCCAACUCUUCCUUCUUGUGUGGACUCAGAAAUUGAUCCGAUUUCCCUUCAGUCCGAUCGGAAAACGGUUGUGUUCCCUUCCAAUCCCCAAACCGUCACUACGGCUAAUCCUAGUCCCACACCUUUUCCCUUACCGCCUGGUGUUCGUGCUUUGCGCAUUAUUCAAAUGCCGGAGCAGAAACGAUGGACGGUUGAAAUCCCGUCUACCGCUAUGUCCAAUCGGUCCUAUCCCCGCAAAGUUUCCAUCCUGAUGCGGAAGCACGCACAAUUAUCUCCCACGGCGUACAAACCACGGCAUUCGGGAUUGGUCUCCUUACCGAAAGAGGGUUAUGUUCUGUCCUUGUCCUCAUCCAGCUUCACAGGGACUCCACAGUCCGAUGUGUCUCACGGGUCUUGCCCGUCCGUUUAUCCCAGUCCACUUGGAGGUGUUGGUUACACGCCCUGGCUCCCCUCGGAUCCCGGUUCAAUCUCUACCCCAUUUCUGUCGCCCAGUGUGGAAGAGUUGGCACAUGUCAGCCUUGGAAGUCCCUUGGAGCAACUAGAUCAAACCGUGCUAAUGGACAUGAUGGACGAUCAGGCGGUCCUCGAUUGUCCCGCAGAUGAUCAGCCAUUAUUUGUGGCCACUGCAGAAGCCUUUCUCGCCUAA